AAAGAGAUCAUUCGGUAACUGAGCAGGAGGAGCGUAUGAGCAAGCCAGAGGCAGGCAGGGAAAAGGACUGACACAGACGUUUCACACACACACACACACACACGCACACACACACAUAGAGCGUGUGGUUGACUCUAGUCGUGCAUUCAGGGAAGUCCACACAGCAGCUCACAGGGGAAGUGAAAGGAGCGCUGUUUUUUCACCCCUCAUACUCUUCCUUUGUAUUCUUCAAACAGGGGUCUGCUCUGAUCCUUUACCUCUACUAUCUCUUUUCUCUUCUUUUUUUUAUACCUAUUUUUCUUUUUUUUUUCCCUGAAGACAGAGCAGGAGCACCACUGCCUCCCUGUAACCAUUCCUGCCGGUGGUGGAUGCUGAUGCUGUGAUACUGGCAGAGGAGCAGACAAGCCCCCAGUGGAUGCAGUAAAGUGCUUUUGGAGGAAAAAUUGCAAGCAAAGGUUUGCCAGCCAUGGGGAACCUCAUUAAGGUCCUUGGCAAGGAUUUAGAGAACUGUCCACAUUUUUUUCUGGACUUUGAAAAUGCCCAGCCCACGGAAGCAGAGACGGCCGUUUGGAAUCAAGUCAGCGCGGUUCUGGAGGAGGCUCACGGUAUUCUAGCAGAGUUACAGUCCUACAGCGGAGCAGGGCAAGAGAUAAGAGAGGCUAUUCAGAACCCCAAUGACCUCCAGCUUCAAGAGAGAGCCUGGAAUGCUGUGUGCCCCCUGGUGGCCAAGCUGAAACGAUUCUAUGAAUUUUCACUCAGGUUAGAAAAUGCCCUGCGCAGCCUUUUGGAAGCACUGACAAGCCCACCGUACGCUCCCAUGCAGCACCUGGAGCGAGAACAGGCUCUGGCAAAACAGUUUGCAGAGAUCCUGCACUUUACUCUCAGCUUUGAUGAACUGAAGAUGACAAAUCCAGCCAUUCAGAAUGACUUUAGCUACUACAGGAGGACCAUAAGCAGGAAUCGACUGAACAACCAGCAGUUAGAGGCAGAAAACGAAGUCAAUAACGAAAUGGCCAAUCGGAUGUCUCUGUUUUACGCAGAAGCGACACCCAUGCUGAAAACCUUAAGCAAUGCCACAACUAAGUUUGUGUCAGAGAACAAGACUUUGCCUAUUGAAGACACCACAGAUUGCCUGAGCACUAUGGCCUGCGUGUGCCGGGUCAUGCUGGAGACUCCGGAAUACCGGUGCCGUUUCACCAACACAGACACUAUGCUGUUCUGCAUGCGUGUCAUGGUGGGCGUCAUUAUCCUCUAUGAUCACGUUCACCCCGUGGGUGCCUUCGCUAAAACCUCCAAGAUUGACAUGAAGGGCUGCAUCAAGGUGUUGAGAGAGCAACCUUCAAACAGUGUGGAGGGACUGCUGAAUGCACUGAGGUACACAACAAGACAUCUAAAUGAUGACAGCACCUCGAAACAUAUCCGUGCCCUGCUUCAAUGAGGGGAGACGCCUAGAGUGUGAGAGAGAGAGGAAUGAAAUCGAACGAGUAUAAGAAGGCGAGAAAGAGAGAGAGGGAGAGAGAAAAACAGCUGAAGAAGGAAGUUGCUGACAGAACAAAGAAUGAAGGCUUCGGGUGACACGCCCUCAGAAACCUGUUUGUUUACAUGAAUGAAAUGCAAAACAUCAAUUUCAGAAACCUAAGUAGGGAAAAAUGGAAGAACAAAGUAUAUAUAAUAUAUUGUCAGUUGUUCAUCAUGUCUUUGAUUUUGUAAAAAACAUGAAAAGAGAUUAUAGAAAUAUAUAUGUAGGUAUAUUAAAAUAAUAAUAAUUAUAAAAAAAAAGCUGAAAAAAAAAUAAUAAAGCUGAAACAAAACCAUGGCUUACCAGAUAAAGACAAAUGCAUAUAUUAAAGCCCUACAAUCAGAAACAAAAACAAACAAAUAAGUUCCAUAUAACUAUAUACUUCUGCAGAUUAUUUUUGCACAUAGAUGAUCCCCUUAACGAUUAUAAAGAUUUUGAAAAAACGACUUCACAUUUUAUAGUGUACAGGGCGUAUAGUGCCGCUCAGUCUCCAUGCAUUUAAAUUCCAUUCGAUUUUUUUAUCCAUCCACACACCGUGCUUCUUCUGUUUCAUUCUGCAGGAGUAUUUUAAUACUGCACUGCCUUUCCAAGUUUCAGUUACAGAAUCAAUGUAUGAAUAUAAAACAAGAGACUCGCAUUGCUGUAUAUACACGAUAAAAAAGCACAGGUUAAGGAAUUAUUUUGUUUUUUGUUUCGACUUAUUCACUAGUGCUGUACAGCAAUACUGAAAUAAAAUUACAACUGCAAAAGUAAGUUAAGCUGGAAUAAGUGAAAUAAGCUUUAUUUUCCAAUCUAGAACAAACAAUGAACAGUUCCUAGGGGUAAAAAAUGAAGGCACUGAAUCAGGAAUCGUUCUGCUUCAGAAAACUGUGUGAGAAGGAAUUGCAAGAAAGCCAUGAAAUUUCAGAAGCCACCCAUCACUGUACAUAACUAUCUCUGCAGCCAUCUCAUGUACGGAAAUGUUGUUUACCAAGAGUGUAUUACAUAUUGAGUGAACCACACAUCUCAAACGAUCAGCCGCUUAUCAGCACCAACUUCUUAGCAGUACGCCAUCAAAUGGUGUGCUCAUUCUAUCGUUCAGAAAUCCUGGCAAACUUUAUCCCAUAAUUGCCUAUUAAUAUACUCAAUUUCAAUUUUAUUCUUGUAGAAAACUGGAAAUCAGUUGUUCUUAAUUAAACCUACUCACACACACACAUACAGUACACACACAAGACACAUAUACACACAAAGGGCAUACAGCUGAAAAAAAAAAAGAAUGUUUUGGUGUAAAUAAGUGGAUAAGCGGAGGAUUUUCCACCAGCCAUCUUAAAGGCCAUGGAACUGAUGCGCUUAAAGUCAACUAGAGAAUGUUUCUUUUAGUAAGAUGCAAUUUAAAAUAAAAUAAAAAAAAAAUCAUGUCAUAAAUGAGUGAGUAUUUAAAAAAAAGAAGAAGAAGAAGCUAUUUAAUUAAAUUAAGAUGCAACAAACGCAGUGUUGUAUUUCGAUGUCUAUAGCCCUUAGUUGAACUAAAUUUGAUCUGACAGUAUAUUUUUUAUACAGGGGUAUGUUGGCAAACAUAUUCUGUAUAAAUAAAUAGAUGGCAUGCUGUACAACUUCAGAUAAAAUUGUGUAAAUACGGUGUUUUUAUUCAUUUUCAAAUGUUCAGUGACUGAAUUGGGUGUGUGUCGUGUCUAAGAAACCUUGCAUUUGGCUUGGACUAUUGGACUUGCCGUAGUCAUAGGUUCCAGCUCUUCAACUUCAUACUGGCGGAGAAAGUAAUGGGCAACUUGGAUGGGGGGAGGGAGGGGACUGUCCAUUUGCUUGUUAUUUUGUACAUUUUGUGCAACAAUAAACUUGUCAUUUAUUAA